UGUAGUAAGAUUUUGGUGUUAUGACAUAUUUUUUAACAAUUAUAAAAUAAGUUUUCUUUAAUAUGCCAUCAAUAUAAUAUGUAAAGCUACAUUUAUUUCACGUUUAUAAUACCUCUAGUAAUAUAGCUAUAAAUACAUUGGAAUAGUAGAACUGUUCUUAGAUCGAGGGAAGUAAGAUCUAUUUUAAAGGGAAGCGCCCUGUAUUUGACCCCAUGUAAAAGCCGGCGAUUCCUCGAAGCGUAUGCACAAAAAUUCUUUAAAAGUCGGUAACAAAUCGUGGUCGAUUCUACUCUUGUUUAUAAGUGUACACUCAGAAUUUUCUUUUAUUUAUCCUCUCUAUUUCCUCUUGUGGUUACGACCUUAACCUCGUUUACGAUAUUCUUUUACCAAAGUCUUAACCACGUGUUAUUUUAUUUAUGAUGUCACGUUUUCGAUUAUUGGUUGUAUCAGUAUUAACUGCUGUGGGAACCAUAGCUGCAAUAGGAUUAGCAUUUAAAGCUUACAAAUGGAGCAAAAAUAAGAAAACAAAAUCUCCAAUUCUACUUGUUCAACCACUAGCUAAAUAUAGUUUACCAUUAAUACAAAAAGACAUAUUAAGUCAUGAUACAAGAAAGUUUAGAUUUGCAUUGCCAACACCAGAUCAUAUACUGGGAUUACCAAUUGGUCAGCAUAUACGUUUAACAGUAAAGAUUGAAGAGGAUGUUGUUAUACGUUCUUAUACACCUGUAUCAAGUGAUGAUGACCAUGGUUAUGUAGAUCUUAUUGUUAAGGUGUAUUUCAAGAAUGUACAUCCAAAAUUUCCUGAAGGAGGAAAAUUAUCUCAGUACUUAGAAAAUUUGCAAAUUGGAGAAACGGUUGAUUUUAGUGGACCUUCUGGUCGGCUUAUUUAUAAUGGUCAUGGGAAGUUUUCCAUAAAAAUUUUUAGGAAAGAUCCACCUGUGGAAUAUGAUGUUAAAAGAAUUGUAAUGCUAGCUGGUGGAACAGGAAUUACACCAAUGCUACAAUUAAUUCGUGCUAUAGUAAAGGAUCCUACAGAUGAAACACAAACUUCUUUACUUUUUGCCAAUCAAACAGAAAAAGACAUAUUACUUCGUGAUGAAUUAGAUGAUAUUGUUAAAAAUCAACCUAAUAAAUUAAAAGUUUGGUAUACAUUAGAUACUAGUAGUGAAAAUUGGCCAUAUAGUACAGGACACAUAAAUGCAGAUAUGAUAAAGAAACAUAUGUUUCCACCAUCAUCUGAUACAAUAGUACUUAUGUGUGGUCCACCUCCAAUGAUAAACUUUGCUUGUAAUCCCAAUCUUGAUAUACUUGGCUAUGAUUCAAAGUUACGAUUUGCAUAUUGAAGCAAUAAAUUAAUUAUAUCUGUUGCAUUCAAAUGUAGAUUACAAUUGGCUUGUUAGUAUGACCUGUUGUUAAAUAAGAUCCAUGAUUUUAAUUUUUUAAAAAACAUAUUUCAUUAUUUUGUAUGGACCAGAUAUUGGUCA